CUAAUUGUCAAGAGUGUAAUCUUUUACUAUUUCGUGUAUGUUGAAUUUCUCGACGUCAAAAGGAAAGAUGGCGUUGAUGGGUGCGCACGGUUGCUAAAUUUUCUCAGGCGUUUUUAAUUAUUCAGAAUACAUAAUUGAUGUUAAAUGAAAUUAGAGUUUUUAAAAAGUUGAAUUUCUCGCAAGUUGUGUACGUGCUUUGUGAAUUUCGAGUCGAGAUGCAAUGAUUUCAUGCAGAAAACUCGAAACACUUCAAACUUUUGAAAGGAAAAUUCCAAUUCAGUUUUUCUGUGUAUACGUGAAUGGAAAAAAUUUGCAACACCCUAGAAAUAUGUACUCGAAUCGAAUGUAAAUAUUAAGAAAAAUUAUCUGUAUCAUAAAUAAAUGUUAAAUAAGUGCCAAGUGUUUUAUUAUAAAUUGAUUAAGUGUUUAGUUUCUGUGGUGUACUUUUAAAAAAAGUGAAUGAUUGACAUUUGCUCAUUAUCAUAUUAGUUAAAAAAAUCCUACUUCAAGUGAGAAAUCCCCCAGCGGAAACACCCUUCAUCAACUUUUUGCAGCUGUGUAUUUGCUGUGGUAGGGUACAAGGACGAAAGGAAUACAUAUUCAUUCACAACUUUAAAACAUAGCGAACACUUGUACAUAGUGAACACUUACACAUAGUGAACACUUGCUUUAAAGUCGCAUUCAACUUGUAAAUUCAUAUGUAGCUUCUUUAACCCUCAAAAUACCAAUUGAAAGGAUAUGAACGAUCAGAACUUAACCACUGUAAGUAAUAAGUCUUACAAUUAUCGUAUGAAAAUUUUCAAAUCAACGAAAAUUAUUGAAGACCAUUUAUCAAUUGCACUUCCGAGGAUGCGAUGCUAAAUAACCAAAUCAAUACACUAAAUCGAUAAUGUAAUAUAAGCCCCUUUGGGAGUAAAGGGUCAACGGACAACGAAACAGUUAUUUGAGCAUACCAAUUUACGUAAAAUUUAGUUUAAUAUAAAUUGAUUUUAACUUGUUUUAAACAAAUUUAAAAAUAAAACUUGCCGCAUAACAAAACCACGAAAUUAAACUUGGUCAAAAAAAAAGAAAGAAAAAAAACAAAAGAAAACGUAGAAACCAGUUAAUCGACUAAUCGAAAAUAUAAAACGCCCACAUUCAUUCCAAAUAAAAUACACUCGGGAAAAUAGAAGAAAGAAAUGUUGAAAAAUACAAAGCAAAUGAUCCGAGCAAGGAAGCAACAAAUCCAAUGUGAAAAUAAUAUUAUAUGAUGCUCAUGUUUGAUUAAAUUGUGCAAUAAAUACGUAGGCUAAUGAUUGUAAAAUAAAAUUUGUUUUAAAUAUAAUAGUAGCAAUAGGUAUCUUUAAAGUUGUGUUUAUUAAUUGUGUGACUAGAAGAGUGCGUUAUCAGUUUAUUAAUAUAUAAAUACUAAGCUAUUAGAUCAAUUCCAACCUAAUUCACUUAAUCAAAGUCAUAAACAGUACAAAAAUAAAUGUAAUCGGAAAGAAGAGUUUGUGUUUCAAGCAAGAAUAUAAGUCCGUUUUUACAAUAUACUUUAGCUUGAAGUGCAUCUACAACCGUCAGUAAAACAAUUUGUGUUGAAAAUCCAUAAAAAUUCUGGUCUAUAAAAUGUCUUUGGCCGAUAUGGGUACAGCGACUCGAGAUGGCGGCAUGGGCGGCGGCGGCGGUGGUGGUGUUGGUCUCAGCGGUGUGGAUGUUAGCAUGGGUGUACCAGGUGGACGUAUGACACAUUCGCUAAGUACUCCGUCUGGGGUCGAUGGUACGCCCUCCACUCCUCGACAUCGUGGUGGCAAAAAGUUAACCGUUCGCAUACAGAUGUUGGAUGAUUCGGUGACCAUGUUUCAAGUACAAGCAAAAGCACUUGGGCGUGUGCUUUUCGACCAGGUUUGUCGUCAACUGAAUUUGCUUGAGGCCGAUUACUUUGGUUUAGAGUAUCAGGAAAUAUCUACACACACCAAAUAUUGGCUAGACCUUGAGAAACCGUUAAAUCGGCAAGUUGGUCUGUCGCUUAUCGAUCCAGUGCUGCGUUUCUGCGUUAAAUUUUACACUCCGGAUCCGGCGCAGCUUGAGGAAGAGUAUACGAGGUAUCUAUUCUGUUUGCAAAUUAAACGAGACUUGGCCAAUGGCAAUUUGCAGUGCAACGACAACACCGCAGCUCUCAUGGCCAGUUACAUAGUGCAAGCAUCGUGUGGCGAUUAUGUGCCUGAAGAUUAUCCUGAUCACACAUAUUUGUCAUCAUAUCGCUUUGUGCCUCAUCAGGAUGCUACAAUGCAGCGCAAAAUAAUGGAAAAUCACAAAAAGCACGUUGGCCAAUCUCCUGCUGAGGCCGAUUUGAAUCUUUUGGAGACGGCUAGACGGUGUGAAUUGUAUGGAAUGAAAAUGCAUCCUGCAAAGGAUGUUGAAGGUGUGCCACUCAAUUUAGCUGUUGCUCACAUGGGUAUUGCUGUUUUCCAAAAUAUCACACGCAUUAAUACUUUCUCCUGGGCAAAAAUACGUAAAAUUUCAUUUAAGCGAAAGCGUUUUCUAGUGAAGCUACAUCCCGAAGGAUAUGGUUAUUACAAAGACACAGUUGAGUUCUUUUUUGAGGGGCGUAAUGAGUGUAAGAACUUUUGGAAGAAAUGCGUCGAGAAUCAUGGAUUCUUCCGCUGUGCUGCUGUGCAGAAUCAACCUAGACGGAAGGCGCGUGUUUUAUCCCGGGGAAGUUCAUUCCGCUAUAGUGGAAAGACACAAAAACAGAUAAUCGAAUUUGUUCGUGAAAACUAUGUGAAACGGCAGAACUUCCAAAGGUCACAGUCAUUCCGGCAAGGGCCAUUGAAUGCUAGUAGUCGAAGUCAGUCGCAUACCUAUGUGAACUCCAGCAUUUCAGCCAAUCCCCUUCUCCCAAUUGACACUGCGGACUGGGAUUAUCGCAAUCAAUGCACCGGCUCGACGACGCUUUCUCUGACGAAGAAGGCAGCGGAUACCUUGGAUCGCCGACAAGACAAUCCUAUAGACCACACGCGUUCUCAAGUCACAGCAGCCCAGGUGGAGAUCUAUCAGACGAAGAACUAUGCUCCGGAAUCGCCAACAUUGGCGGAGGACCAGGAACGCCCCUCGGCAGUGGCUAUGGACCAAAUGAAUUCGAACCGCUCUGUCUCUCCGCAGGGUCCGGGGUCGUGGAGUUCACCCAAUCACAGCAGUCAGCAGCACAACAGUAUGCGCGCCCAAGAUCAGGCUCGUGCGCAUCCAGGAGAUCACAGUUUAGGUCUGAGCCAUUUGUCCCACUUAUACAGCAGCAGCACCCCUCGUCGAGUCUCAGUGGCAUCCCAAGCGUAUGUCCCUGCGUCGCCGCAGCUCAUGCACAACAGCAACAGCAACACCAUCAACACUAUCACAACCAACACAGUGGGUCUAUCGGUGGAUCUCAGCAGCUCUAUGGAGUUGGAACAGGAGGAGGAUUUGGAGGAGGAGGAGGAGGAGCAGGAACUGGAGGAAUUAGUAGAGGAGGAAGUGGAUUCGGACUUGACAGCAUCUACCACCAAUCGGGAGAGUAUGGUAUCAGCGGCGCCGGGCCCUGCCCUUCAUCAGCAGCUUCUGUCACAGGAGUCCCAAUCUCAAACUGUCACCCCAGUCCAUUAUAGCAGUACCAAUUAUUCGAUGUCUAAACAGUGCUUACUUAAUAAUAAUAACUCAACCGAAACCGAGACAGACAAUAUCAUAUACACAGACAUAAACGAUAUUGGUCAUUAUAAAUAUCCUGAAUUUCUGAGCUCCACACCCAAACUCGAAAAUAAAAUAUCCAAUUCCGAAAAUUUAAAUCUUAAUGAUCGUAACGAUAUUUAUGCUACCGUAAAUCGCAAAACUAAAGUAAAAACGCGGGAAAAACAUUUUAGUGAUGAGUUUAUUGACGAAUCCAUAUUACAGUACGCGAGAGCCAAGCAAAUGUGUGUAACAGAUAUGCAACAACAUAAUGGACACUUUGAAACUGAUCGUGGGUUUUCGAGUCUCCAUUAUCAAUAUCACAAUGACUUGAAUCAUCCUUCUGAUUCGUCGUCCUCAUAUUUCGGAACUGGGUUCGGAACUAAACGCUAUACAACUGUAGAGCGUGGUAAACUAACUCAUUCCGAAAAUUAUCUCACGCCAUCAAUGGACUCGCAGAGUUCCACAUCGGGCAUAGGAGGUGCAACAGCGCGGCGUCACACCCACUCACUGCCACGCAACUCUGAAUUAUCCGGUGUGGAUUCUGUUGAUUCUUAUGAUAGUCAUUACAUCACUCAUCAUGCCCACUCGAUCGGCAACUUGCGUCCCAACGCCAACAUAACUAAUAGAUGCUUAGUAUUCAAUGACAGCAAGCCUUUAAGCUCCGCAGAAGAACAAAGUGCAACUGGUUCACCCUUGAAUCGUUUUAAGACUUCUUCGGAGAAACUUGAGUUCGAAAUAUCAUCCGGUAAUUUGUAUUCCGCUGUACAUUACAAUAAAGAGCCAUAUGAAGAGGAGAACAUUUACGACCAAGUUGAGAAGGAGUCCUGGUUGAAGAGCAGUUCUUGUAAAGAUCUUUAUGAUUUUUCUUCAUUUUAUGAAAGUGAAAAGUCAAAACCAAUGACUGCUUUCGACAAGGAGUUCCUCUCGUUUAAUCGUAUUGAUUCUCCCGUUACACGUUACGAUGAUUCGAGGCAUUCAAUGUAUAUUACUAAAAAUCAUUCAAUUGAUGCAACACAAGACUUUUCCCCUUUACCCGAUUCCAAAGUAUAUUCCUCAAGUUAUCCUGGCAGCACAUACAAUGCCCAAGACAGUCAACACAAACGUGGUGGCUACGGACGUCACGUGGAUUACGCCGGUUCUCAAGAUGACAUCUCACAGGAUAGCUAUGAGUUACUCGAGAAAUAUGACAUUGAUUUCUUCAGUGGCCGUCGGCGAUCAGAUGACCAUAUGCGUUCUUGUUCGCUUGAUUCCGGCAAUUAUAUACCCAGUGACGAUGAAUCCGUUUCAGAACAGUAUAAAUAUCGAUCGGCAAUGGAUGUGAAAUGUAAAUCUGCCGUGGAUAUCAUGAAUGAGAUUUGGGAUUCGGAAGAUCCACGAUACUUGCCACGUGAAAAGUUAUGCGUGAAAUCCGAUGGUAGUUUUUAUAAAAAAGUCAAAGAAGCUCUCUCGCGGACCUCAAGUCAAGAAAGUCGCAGCGAAGUGUUUGAGACGAAAAUAUCGCGAAGUUCAGACUCCAGCAAGAAGUCACGUGACAGUUUGUAUCACACUGACAGCAAAAAGUCGCGGGAAACAACCAAGAGUAAGACUUCAGUGGCUUCUAGUCAAGAUUCAAAAGAAUCACUUGUAGGUGACUGUUUCGGCCGUAACUACGAAAUGCCAACAACCACAGGUAAAAAGCUCAAGCAUUUAAAUAAAAAAGAUCAAUAUGAAAAGUAUCAACAAUCGAGUCAGGAAUCAAAGAGCGACUAUUACGAUGCAGUAGAGGGCGUAGAAACGGAUAGCCUUUGUGGCCGACCGAAGGUAAAGAGUCAUGACUGCCUGCUGUCCGAUACACAUAGUUCAACAGCGAAUAGUUCGUUUUACGACAGCCGUGACACUUAUUCAACGUUUCCGAGUAAUAAAUCGCACAAAACUUCCAAAGUGCAUUCGAUUAGUCUGCAAAAUGUUGAGAUCGAAAGAAAUACGAAAUCAUUUGGAGGAAAAUCACCAGAUGCCGCAGUUUCGACACCAGCAUCGGGAAAGAAAUGUAAAGAAAAAGAAAUCCAAACAAACGACUCUAUCGAUCAAACGGCACCAAUUAAAAAAGUCGAUUCACAGUCUUCUAAAAUUUCUGCUUUUCGUCGCCGAUCAGAUAGUGAGAAUAUAUUCAGUUUUGACCAGGAUCGCAUCGAGUGUAUUCAGAAUUACACAAAACAGUGGGAGGUGCAAAGCAAAGAGGAGAAGCCUAAACAAAGCCCCGACUACCCAUUAACGCCGGAACUAAUUUCCGAAUUUGAAAAACAACAAGCUCGUGCUGCAAAACAAAAAGUGACGCGUAAAGAAGAAUUAAUGGCCAAAACUCAUUUCGAAGAAUACAAUCCGAUCAUGACUCCCCUCAACUAUGCACAUGCAACAGUUGAGCGAACCAAAAGUGACCCCAACUCUCUGGCUAAUCGUGCGCGUCUCGGCAGUAACUCUCGGCGUCAUGUUUUGAUGCAUCAAAAGUCUAUAGACUUAACACCAGCUGAUUCAAGUGAUGAAGAUUAUAUUUACAAACAAAUACCAAGCGCUCCGCCACUCUGCAAAGCGCACGGCAAUUUUGAAAUUCCAAAGUGCUUUGAGACACCGCCAGUUAUAGUUGACAUACCGAAAACUGGUUUCGAAUUACCAAAGAGCUUCUUCAGAGAGUAUGAUAGACGUUUUCCAAAAGUGUUGAAAGAUGAUAUACCAUACGUUUUACAUAAGAGACAUGUGAUGAAUGGGACAGCUCCGUCGCUUGGUGAGAAGAAGCAUACUAAACCAAAGUCUCCGAAAUCUCCUAAGUCGCCAAAAUCACCGAAGUCUCCGAAAUCGCCGAAGACAGAUGCGGCAGCAGCUCCAAGCUCUGGUAGUCAAGUUGCAGACUUCUUGCCAGAUUUAUUGGACAGUUUAUUGCCAGCAGAAACUAAAGAAUUUCUUUUUACGCAAAAUAUCGAUCUUUCCAAAGUUGACCCCAUAACAUUGGAAGUUAAUAAGUCCAUACCGACUAUUGAGUUAUCUUCUCCAAAACGGGAUAUUACAAAGCAAAUGGAUCCAUCACUAUUGGAGAAGCUAAAUAAAAAACUCAGCCAAAUAGAAAGUGACUCUGCAACUUCAUCUCGCACUGAGAGUCUGCAACAUCAAAAAAAUAAACUUGAACAAAAGCAAAUCGAACUAAUCCAGAAUCUUCGCAAAGAACUACAAGCCAAUACAAGAAAAGUUGCAAAACCACGCGUUAUACCAAAAACCAAAAUAUCAAAUAAACCUAAGAAAGCUAAAACUCGUAUAACAUCUUUUUCCUCCGAUGAUGAAAGUCUGGAUUCUGACGAUGUUUUUGGUUCAGCUGAAGCUAUACCAGCGCGAUUGGAGUUUUCACCUCCUCAGUCACGUAAAGAAAUCGAGCCAAUACUGCGCAUAGAACAGAGCCGUUUGAUAUCGGCGGCAUGGGGUAGAGGCCAGACUAUGAGCUCAACGGAAAUUGAGGGAUCACCGCCACAGUGUCGUCGGCUUGCCGAACUAGAAAGCCGUUAUCACACUCAAAAACUGGAUCCUCAAUACGCUAAUACGUCGGAAUUGAGAAGAAUUUCCGAACGAUCGAUCUCUAUUCCGUCCUCUGAAGACGAGCCAUUGCACGUUCCGUCAAGACGCAUGGAUGAGUGUACAAAUGAUUACCAACGCAACGAGAAUAUUCCGUCGCCUAUCUUGGAAUAUGCAGAGUUCUUUCGUAGUAAUGAUGAUAUUUAUGAAACUUGCCAAGAAGAAAAAAUAACCGAAUCCGAUAUUGAUUACACACUUAAGAAGAAAUCUUCGCCACGCACUGAAGUGCCGAAAUCAAAAGCAAAAUUUAUCGAAGAAAUUAUAGACUCGUCAUUAGUAAUGCGUUCAAAAGGUCAUGCUCCGAUACUUUUCGCACAUGCUCGUCUAAAUUUGUCUGAAGGUUCCGUUUCGCUUCAACGACAAAAAGCCACCCAAGAGUCACCUAGUACUGAGAGACGCACCAAGAGCUUAGAUACUCCAGUAAUAUCCUUACAUCGACUUCCACCAAUGAACGCAUUUUCAUCCAAAGAUGAUACUGUUGGAUUUGAAGAAGAAGCCGAAAUACUGGAGGAAAAAACCCUCGAACGUGAGACUUGCACUCAGCAGGAUGAGGAUACUGCGGAUAGCGUGCACUCUUGCGCAGGUUCUAUUCCCACACAGACAAGCUAUCAGAUUGCCGGAAAGGAUUCCCUACUUAAUACAGUUGCCAUUGAUGAUGAGGAGAUGCAAUUGUUGGAUCAGCUGAAGUUUAUUGAGAAAAUUGCAUUACAGGGUGUUAAAAUCAAGACCAAGAAAAAGUCUAAGAUGAAGCUGAGAAGCGGAGAUCACUUAAUUUUGGACAUUCCUAAAUAUCGUUUUACCGACUGGUCUCCAUAUAGCUCUGCAAACAGCUCCCGCAAAACAUCGCCGGGAGUUUCCAGAGCCAGUAGCAUAGAGAGUACUGGCAAAGGUAAACUCAAAAUUGGACCAAAAUCGCCAGAAAGUAUGAAAGUAAAGACGGGAAUCUCGCGAAGUCGGCCAGAAUCUCGACGCACCAGUGCAGAUGAUAUAAAAGCAAAGGAUAGUAAGAGCAAGAAAUCGAGUCCCAAAGAGCGACCACGUUCUAUUGAAGCACGUCGAUUGAGCAAGGAUAAAAGUAAGUCCCAAGAGGAAACAGAAGCAGACAUUGCCAAACGUAAAGAACGCCAACAAAAAUUAUAUGAGUCGGCCAUGAAACAAACAAUAACCAUGCUUAGUCCUGUCAAAGAUUCAUUACCCCCGUUCCCCGCACCUGAAGACAAAAUAUCAGUGAAGACAGAUGGUGAUAAAAUUAUAAUUGAAACGGAAUUUAAAAGCAAAGCAGAGGAUCAUGUUUUAAUAGCAAAGUCGCCUAGAAAGCUGGAUACCUCUUUGGUCAAAUUUAGUCGUAGUUUCGACGAGGGACGUAGUCCAGAUAAGUUGGAUAAAGCAAAUCGAAGUUUCGAAGAUCGAAAUAAAUCUUUUGAAGAAUCAGAGAAAUCAGAUGCUCCGGAAGAUAUGGUUAUUAAAUCACCAAAGAAAAUUGCGAAAAGCCAGGAAAUUAAACAAAAAAUUGAAGGUAGUGUUGUACAUAAGAAAAUCGAUGGAAAAUCUAGUAGUUUGGAGAAACCAUCUGAACAUCAUUACUUAGGGACUGAUAUAAAAGCAAAGAGUCUCGAUGACAAGAAGCCUUCGACAGCUGCUGAACCAAAGAAGGUCGAGGAAAAGUCUUCUACACGAAGUGCUAUUGGGGAUCGACGAAUGUUUGCCCAUCAAUACAAUGUGCACGAAGAUAUAGACAUGCAGGCGGUUAUUUCGGAGAGACGUUCAUUAGAAAUUUUAAAACGGUCCUUGCCUUCUGAGGAUACAAAAGAAAGUGAAGGUACUUACAGUCGCAAACCGUCGACGGCAGAAAGUUUGGAAUCAUUUGUGUCGGCAGACGACAGUCACUCACCUGCGAGCAAAUCUCCGGUACCACCGGAGGUAUAUCCACACCGCGUACCAACUAUUGAGUGCGAAGAGCCCUCUAUUGAGGAAGAUGACAAUUCGGCAGAAUGUCGGCAUUUGAAAGUCUCUCGUCAGGAUACAAAUCGUCUGAGCUUAGAUCGUAGUCGCAGCGAUGAGACAGGUUCAUGGAUGACAGUUGAAUGUGAUGAAUUUGUCGGGUCUGAUACAUCAGACAAUGAGCCCCGUACUUUAGAGCCAGAUCGUAAUAUAUUAGAGACUCAAGCUACUUUGGAGGAUGCAAUUCCGUUAGAGUACUCUAAUUGUGCCACACCGACAUCUGAUCUAAAUAUCUUAGUAACACCCCCUAAUACAAGUCCAAUGAUAGAAAAAUCUGUUCUAGAAACGUUUGAAAAGCAAGCUGAAACAUCCGAAAUAAAAAAGAAACAUACUUUGGAGAAGCAAAGCGACAAAUCAAAAAGUUCUGAUUCCUGGACGAGUGGGGAAAAAGAUGUUAGCCCUCAUCGUGGUGAGCAUCAUCAUGAUUGGAGUUUAUCAGUAAGUGGUGGAAGGGAGAAAAGCUCCAUGGAUGAAGAGUCGAGUGUAAGUUGUUCAAUCGCCAGACCGUUAGGGAUUUCCCAAGAUUUUGGUGACAUCGAAGAGAAGAAAUGCCAAGAACUUAAACAAAGAAUGCUAAAAUUAGAUGUUGGUAAUGGAGCGGAUGCCGCAGAAGCAGUUGUGCCAAUGAAAACAAGCUCCGCAGCUUCGAAUGAGGCCACGCCUACCAAUGAAUCAAAGGUAAUAGCAAAAAAACCAACAACACCAACUUUAGAGAAACAAAGUCCAAUAGAUCUUGGCAUCAGCACAGAAUCGUUUUUGGAUCCUAUCGAUGAAAAGUUGAUAAAACUUCUACAACGAAACGACGAUAGUGAAUCUAGUUCGGGUGCUUCAAAAAAGCCACCAAAAAUUGAGAAACCCGCACGUGCUAAUGCGGGUAAAAAGUUGGCGGUAGUUAAAACUGAUGGCACUGAUAAGGCUGGAAAAUCUGGUAGUAGUUCACAGGAAUCAAAAUCUAGUUUCGAUUCGAAAGGUUCCUUAAGUGUUGAGUCGCGAGGAUCAUUUGAAACCGAAAGCAGUUCUGGUUCAAUGGGCGCGGCUCAGAGAAGGGGAGAAUUGCUACAAAAGGAACAGCAAACAACAUGGAAAGCAUUUCCAAUAGAAAGUUCAGGAAGCUCUAGUACAGAUGAUCCUUGGCACCACAUUGAAACCGACGGUUAUGAGCGCUACGAUGCCAACAAUCCCCUACGUGAUUCCUCUGACAGUGAUUUGAAAGAAGUAUCACCAGAUGAUCAAAAGGAAAGUGACACAAGCUUUCAAGAUGAAUUAAAUGAUUUUCCAACAACUUUUGGCUACCCUGCGAUGACUAGCUCACUAAGUGGUAUUGGGGUAAAUCCUACUGAUAUUAUUGGUUAUGCCACAGGUUUUACUUUGGGGCGAACUUUGUCACGGAUAUCAGAACGAAGUACAGCAUCUGAAAAGUCAAGCAUGGAGGACGAUGUCAGCAAAGCCUCUACUCAUAGUGUAAGCAUGCGAGACGAAUCUGUGGGAUCCACUGACCACCAACCUAGCUUGAGUUCCGAUUCGCGAAGUAAUACAAAUUUGGCUUAUAUAUCAGAUGCAGAUCGACGAACAUCUGCCGAAAUGCCGGAAAUUCCCUGCGACUCUGCCACAGGUGACCGUCUUUCGAGUAUUGGCAGUUUAAAUGAACCGAAGUCUCCGAUAGUUGUAACUGGGCGUUUUUCUGUUACUCAGGUCGAAGAACAACAGGGUGAUGAUGUAGAUAGGCAUACAUUGAUGUGUCUUUCAAAUGCCGGAAGUCAGGAUUCGGAAGAUUGGCCACUUCCGGAAAUACCCUUUGACCAUGUGCCCGUAAAACCGGUAGAAUCAAUUUAUCAGAUGCCCGAUCUAGAUAAACCUGUACCGAAAUCUUUUUGUUGGAAAGCCAGUAAAUCAUUUCAGUCACAAGACUCGCAAGAAUGGCCCUCUCCACCGGCUAGUGCCAUAGAACCAUGCUUAAUAAUUGAUGAUAUUGAAACUUAUUAUGCCACAGAAGCACAGAGUGCUGAUCAAAUAAUGGUUGAGUCUUUCACAGCCACUGAUAAGACAGACGAUGACGUGCAGUCCCAGGCCGAUGAUAGGCUCUCCUCUGAAGAGUUUCCAAUAACGCCUCCAGAUGCAGCUAAAAUUUUAGCUUAUGAGGAUACGGCGUAUUUAAUGUCUUCAGCUUUUGAAGAUAAAGAAUUUGGCAAUGAGGAUACCCAACAGGAUACACCGACAUGUAUGAGUUCAACCUUAAGUGCAGCUUCGUGUCUUUCCACUUCAUUUAAUAUAACUUGCUCAUCCUCUCAAAAAUCCACUCAAAUCUCUCCACUACGGAAAGAUUCCAGCCCUGAUUCGGUAAUCAUAUCCCAACCAACACGCUCGCCAACAAUUCGAAGUCCGAUCUCGGAAGAUGAAGUUUUUUCAAGUGACGAUGUAUUCAUGCCGGGCACUGUUAAAAUCCAACUUUCGUCGGAUGAAAGCCGUACUACGGAAUAUUUAAGAAAAUUGUCGAGAGGAUCAAAUAAUUCAGAUACCUCCAUUGAUGAUAUUUUGUCAACUUCUGGCACAUUUAUGGAGGACCAGACCACCGUCCGCCGUAAUUUCGAAUCACGUCUCAGUACAGGAUCUUGUAAAAAAUGCAGCCAUUCCAGUCAUUCAGAGGAAGAGACCAGUUCAAUCGGCACUGACUUGGAUGGAACGGUGCGCAUGGGUUUACAACAAAAGAAAUGUACACACAGCUCUCAUUCAGAAGAUACCUCGAUUGGACUGAGUAUUUCCGAGUGGUCCACUGGUACUAACACUGUACGUCAGUAUGCGAAUCUUUCUGGGUCGGAUAGUCUAUCGGCGGUAUCCACCCAAUCGUGUGCCAAGAGUGAAAAGUCGAAUCAUACAAAAUCCAGCAUGAGCUCAAUAAACAAAUCUGCAGAGAGUUUGAAUGAACAAAGUGGAAGCUUUUCAAAGGGGUUGUCUGGUGAUAAUGGUUCAUCUGACGGCAUGAGAUAUGAUAUACUUUCAAAUUCGGAAACUGAAAAAAUAUCUGAUGCUAACUCCGCAACCAAAAGUGAUGAUACGACGUUGACAUUAACAGAAAUGGCGCAAACGAUGACCGAAUGGUCAACAUCAAGUAGUCGCACUUUAGUAGGCACUCAACCUGGCGAAAAUACACAGGAUCCAAGGGGCACCAGACGGAGCAGCUACAUUGACUAUGUACCUCUGAAACAGCCCAGAGGCGCAUCAAAAAAAUCACCAAGCGAAGAGCUGCGCACAGCUAUUCCACAAGUACAUCGAAGAAGUGCUAGUAAUGGCAACAAUGGCCGAACAAGUGGUGAAGAAGGCAGCCAAAAGAUUUCACCUCCAAAAUUAGGGGACAAUGGAAGGCAAAGCUCACUAUCCCGAUUGAAUAAAUUGGACGAAAAGAACUGCGGUGGAGAAAACACCACCGCAGCACGAAAGCGUCGUUCACUGGAAAUGAUGUCGAAACUUUAUCAAAGCCAGGAACUUUCAUCAGAAAGUGAGGCUCCUUUCGUAGAGCGUUUAUAUUCGCCUAGCGAAAAAUUAACUGAACGAUAUCAAAGUCAGGAGUUCGUUCCAUUACAUGGGCACACCCAAGUCCAACAGCUUAAUAUUCAAGCACAAAAAUCUAAGGCUCCGGCUCCACCAAUAAAGCCAAGAGCUCCGCAACCCCCAACAAAACCCAAACCUCAAGUUGUAACACGACCACUUAUGCAAGCCUUAUUGAAACAUAUGAAAGCUGUUAGUAAAGCUGAGGAAACUUCCGUCUCGGCAUCGGCAUCAGCAUCUGAAGCCUCGACAUCAUCUCAAGCAAGUAUCUCCGCAAAGGGACCUUCAUCGGCUAUACCCAACAUACCACCCAUUACAUCACCAAAUAAUUUCCCACGAACGCAUUCGGUAGGGCAACUUCCCGAAAAACCACUCGCUAAACACCACAGUUAUGACGACAAAACCUUAUCAAAGUCACAAAUACGAGAAUACAAAACUAAUAAACUUCGCCAAUCUAACUCCUUUCACGAGCAUAUGCUCUCAAAAUCACAAGAAUCUUCACAGGAGUCAAUGCCACCACGUAUUGAUGAGGAGUUGUCGUUAGGUGGAGGUGGCAACGGGGUGUCGUCAGCCACCACAACAGCCACUAAUUACAGUGAGACAACUACAAGUACGGAAACAUCAUCACCAAUGUUGCCCCUACGAGCUGAAAAGCUUGUUAAAUGCUCACCAUAUUACUCAAGCAGUCUAAGCUCUGAAUCGCCACCUAACCAAUUGAUACAGAAACCACCAAGAAAAAAUUCAAUUACACGCAACACGGUGAUAAAAAGUCCACCAAGUGGCAAUGACACAGACAGCUCUAUGGAUAUACGUACACAAGAUCCCAAAUUACGUAGUAAAGGUUAUCGUCGCAAACGACAAGUUCCGACCAAACGGACACGUUCAGCGGACCGCGCGUUAAUGGAACAAGAAAGCUCAGAAUGUUCAGAAGGAUACUUGCCAGAAAUUGAUUCUGGCAGUUCCGAUCCCUCAUAUAGACCCGAAGAUCAGUAUUUAGAAUUCGACGAAGAAUUAGAACAUGAACCCGAAACAGAUGAAUAUGAUGACUACCCACAAUAUUCUAAGGCAUCGUACGCAUCAUCAAGCAAGUUUGAAAGCCUAGAUAUGACAGAUAAUGUAGAUGAAAUGGGCUUUCCACGUUAUGACCGUUUGGGUCAUAUCACUAAUCCCAUGUAUCAACCACAACUAAUGCAACCAAUGAUCAGUCACAGCAUCGCUUCAAAGCCAGCACCUGCAAAUCAUCCAAUGCCGCCCCCUAAUGGUCAACCGGUAAAACCAAUUCGUACCAAGAAACGUCAACUGAAACGCGAGGGAUCAAUAACUAGUGAGGGUUCUGGAGAAAAAUCUGGAGUUACACAUUCUACAGAACACUCUCACAUCCGUUCAUUAGUUACGCCAGAUGAGAGUGGAGCUGAAAGUAAAUCUGGAUUUUCUGACGACUUGGCAAAUUCGAGCGAAGAAAGCAGUGGAUUUGCACAGGCGUCGGGAACUAUAAGGCGUUCGGAUAAUAUCACUCAUUCAAGAUUCGGAGGCGAUAUAGAGUUGCCAUAUCCAGAUUUUCUAUCAGACUAUGAAAAUGAACCGAUUGAGUACGAACGCUUUGCAUGCGGAUUGGAUAUACGUGUCGAUCCGCCGCCUAAGUUUGAUGAUUCGGAUGAUUUAAGCGAUCAGUAAGGAAACAAUAUAGACCAGUAGUCUAAUGUGUAGGAAAUGACAUAGAAAGAAUGCUGAAUAAAAUGGUAUAACAAUCUUGUAGACUUACACUUACAUUUAGUAGAAAAAAUUGUGUAGAUGGCAUAGUAAUCAAAACUUACAUAUACAUACAUACAUAUAAUACUCGUAUAUUGGAAGAGAGAAGUGAAAUUAGCACGUUCCCAGCACAAUUCCUUAAGUCUGAUGUUCAGCAUGUUGUUAGAUCCGUUAAUGUCGAAUCCGAAAUUGUUACUAAAAUAUAUGUAUACAUAUUUACUAAAACUCUCCGAAUCAUCUUAUAUUCAAUUGAGACUGAUUUAUGGUGUGAACUGCUGCAGCCAUUUUGCUUUCGACAAAUCCCCAUAAAGUAUAAAGAAACAUGAUAAACGAAAUAAUUUUAAAUAUCUAAUUAGCAAAACAAAAUAAAAGUUUUAAUCAAAAAAAGCCCUUAUUUGCCUGAUUUUAAAAUGACUAAAAAUUUUUAAAAAUAAUAUUUGACUUUUUUGAAAAACGAUACGUAGUUCUAUAAGCAGUAUUAAAAAUAAUCUGUUGUUAGUUAAAGGUUGAGAUUAUUUAUUAUAAUUGCUUGGUAAUAGCAAUACUUAUAAUACAUACAUAUAUUGUAUUAAUAUAUAAUAUAAAAAAAUGUUACAUUUAAUGCACUGUUUACUCAUCGAAUAAUAAUUAUGAAUCAAAAACAGCAACUUGAGGAAAUUUCGCGUGAAAUAAAAAUAAUAUCUUAUUAAGUGAUGCAUAUAUAGCAACAAAAUUACAUACACAUAAAUACACAAACUUGCAUGCAUACUACAAAAGUCAUUCACUUUUAAGAUAAUAAAAAAUGAAAAAUAACAAAAAUGAAGUUA